CUGGCGCGCCGGCCUGCUGGCUGGCUGGCUGGCUGGCUGGCUGUUGUUCCCACCCGGGAGUUCGCCGACUCGGCCAGACGUCAACGCGCGUGUGUGCAGUGUGGACCCAGCCAAAGAUCACCAGACGACGGAGCGACUUGAGCGAGGAGCGGCCUGCCUUCCCCCCCCCCCCCCCCCGGCCCGCACCAUGUGCGAGGAAGACGGAUAUAUUAUUUUGAGCCCACCGGAACCGUCCGACGGACACUACGGAGUGCGGAAAAGGAGGUCGGAAUAGUCGAACCCGCGGCGAGGCUCCAGCGUCUUUGUCGGAACCGCCGCCGAGUGCGGGCCGCCCGAGAGCACCAAAAUGUCUGGCAAGAUCGAGAGCAAGCAAGACUCACAGCGGUCCCAUCUGUCCUCAUUUACCAUGAAGCUGAUGGACAAGUUCCAUUCUCCCAAGAUCAAGAGGACGCCGUCCAAGAAAGGCAAGCAACUGCAGCCCGAGCCUGCGGCCAAAAGCACCGAGAAGCCCGCUAACAAGAAGGUGAGCCGACUGGAGGAGCACGAGAAGGAGGUGGUCAGCGCCCUUCGCUACUUCAAGACCAUCGUGGACAAGAUGGUGGUGGAGAAGAAGGUGCUGGAGAUGCUCCCCGGCUCGGCCAGCAAAGUCCUGGAGGCCAUCCUGCCUCUGGUUCAGGGGGAGGCCCGCAUACAGCACAGUUCGGCGUUGUCCUCCUGCCACAACCGCGUCUACCAGAGUCUCGCCAACCUCAUCCGCUGGGCCGACCAGGUGAUGCUGGACGGCAUCGACCUGGACGACAAAGAGAACGUGACGUCGGUCACCAACGUCAUCAAGGCGGUGCUGGACGGCGUGAAGGAGUUGGUGAAGCUGACCAUCGAGAAACAGGAGCAGCCGUCGCCCACCAGCCCCAACAAACCGGCGCCGCCCGUAAAUACGGCCGAGAGCAGCAGCGUUCCCUGCGAGGUGGCCUCGAUAGAGCGGGAUUCGGAAGCGCCGAAGACGACGGCCUCGGGGGCGGCUCCUCCUGAGGCCCCCUCGGGCCUCCUGACCGACGAGGACGUCGCCCCUCCGAAGCCCCCGCUUCCCGAAGCCAAGAUGGCCGAGCUCAGCCCUCCGCCGGCCCUCCCGCCAAAGAAACGGCAGUCCGCCCCGUCGCCGACCCGCGUGGCCGUGGUCGCCCCCAUGAGCCGGGGGUCCAGCUUGCCCUGCAGCGUCCACAGACAGCAGCACGACUACGAGCAGCAGUUCCUCCAGCGGCGCUUCUCGGGGGGCAGCCAGUCGUACGGGGGGGACUCCCCGCGUCUGUCGCCCAGCAGCAGCAUGGGCAAGCUCAGCAAGUCGGACGAGCAGCUUUCCUCCAUGGAGCAAGACAGCGGUCAGUGUUCCCGCAACACCAGCUGCGAGACCCUCGACAACACCGAAAACUACGACCCCGACUACGACUUCCUCCACCAGGACCUGUCCGUUGGGGACAACCUGCCCCCAAUCCCGGUGGGGGGUUGCCUCAGCCCGCUGCCCGAGUCCCACAGCGAGUCGUCCUCGCCGGUCCCCGGGCAGCAUCCGUCGCACCCCCGCUUCAGCGCGCCCCCCCCCCAGCAGCCGCCCGAGUACUGGACGCCGCAGCCGGGCCACCCCAACCCCCUGUCACGCAUCAGCGCGCCGCCCGCGCUCCCCCAGAAGAAGCGGCGCAGCACGCAGACGCCCCCCUUCCCCGACGGCGGCUCCAAGUUGUACGAGCGCUACCCCUCCCAGUACGACAACCUGUCCGAGGAGGAGCCGCCGCCCUUCCCGCUUUUCACGCCCAUCUCGCCCAUGCCGCAGACGAACGGCGGCGCGUUCGUCGCGCAGUACAUUUGCGGCGAGAACGCGGACGUGCCCGCCAGCCCGCCGCCGCUGCCAGAAAAGAAAAGCAGACACAUCCUGCAGUACAUGCAGUUUGUGGAGGACUACUCGGAGCCGCAGCCGUCCGUCUUCUACCAGAUGCCGCAGAGCGAGAGCAUCUACGAGCAGCGCAACAAACGCUUCCAGGAGGUCUACGGCUUCAACGACUCCUUCAGCAGCACCGACUCGGUCCACGAGCCGCUACUGCCGCCCGCGCUGCCGCCCAAGCAACGACAGCUGGCCUCCCACUCCUCCUCCCCCUCUUCCUCCUCCUCUUCCUCCCUCUCCUGCCACCUCCAGCCGUGUGCGGCGGCGGCCACGGAGGAGGCGGGCUCUGGGCUGGGCCUCAGCAUGUCCGUCUCUAACUCCUGCCUGAUUGGCCAGGCCGCCUUGACCACGCCCACGAGCGAGAGCGCAAAUGACGAGGGCGGGGAGGGCGAGUACGUCAACUUGUACUCGUCCAGCCGGGCCAAUGGCGAGCUGCCUCUCGGCCUCAGAGAAAGCAUCGCCGAUGGAAUGCUGCAAGACCCCGCCCCUCCCGUGCCGUCCACCAAUAGCAAAGAGGCGAUGGAAGUGGAAAGGCGGCAAAAGUCUGCAGAGUUAGCGGAGGACAGCGAGCAGGACGUUGACGAGCUUUCCCUCAUCGAUCACAAGGAGAUCAUGAGCAGGAUAACACGAAAACAGGAAAAUGACGACGGGCCGGAUGUGCGCGCCGGAUCGGGAGAUAUUUUAUUGGUCCACGCCACGGAGACGGACCGCAAAGAUCUGGUUUUGUACUGUGAAGCCUUUUUGACGACGUACAGGACGUUCAUAAGCCCCGAGGACCUCAUCAAGAAGCUACACUACAGAUACACGAGCUUUUGCCACAGUCCAGACACGUUCAAGAAGCGAGUCAGCAAGAACACCUUCUUUGUGUUGGUGCGUGUGGUGGACGAGCUCUGCCUGGUGGAGCUGACGGAGGACAUCCUGAAGCAGCUGAUGGACCUGGUCUUCACGCUGGUCUGCAACGGGGAGCUGAGCUUGGCCCGGGUCCUGCGCAAGAACAUCCUGGACAAGGUGGAGCAGAAGAAGCUGCUGCGCUACACCAACUCGCUCAAGCCGCUCGCCGCCCGAGGCGUCUCGGCGAGGCCCGGAACGCUGCACGACUUCCGCAGUCACGAGAUCGCCGACCAGCUCACGCUUCUCGACGCCGAGCUCUUCUACAAAAUUGAGAUUCCGGAGGUGCUGCUUUGGGCCAAGGAGCAGAACGAAGAGAAGAGUCCGAACCUGACGCAGUUCACGGAGCACUUUAACAACAUGAGCUACUGGGUGCGCUCUCUCAUCAUUCAGCAAGAAAAAGCCCAAGACCGAGAGAAGCUGCUGCUCAAGUUCAUCAAGAUCAUGAAGCACUUAAGAAAGUUGAACAACUUCAACUCGUACUUGGCCAUCUUGUCCGCCUUGGACUCGGCGCCCAUCCGGAGGCUGGAGUGGCAGAAGCAGACGUCGGAGGGAUUGGAGGAAUAUUGCACGUUGAUCGACAGCUCGUCGUCCUUCCGGGCUUACCGGGCCGCCCUGGCCGAAGUGGAGCCGCCCUGCAUCCCGUACUUGGGUCUCAUCUUGCAGGACCUGACCUUCGUCCACCUGGGCAACCCCGACCUCAUCGACGGCAAAGUCAACUUCUCCAAGCGAUGGCAGCAGUUCAACAUCCUGGACAGCAUGCGGCGCUUCCAGCAAGUCCACUACGAGCUGAAACGCAACGACGACAUCGUGUCCUUCUUCAACGACUUCAGCGACCACCUGGCCGAGGAGGCGCUGUGGGAGCUCUCGCUGAAAAUCAAGCCGCGGAACAUCGCCCGACGCAAGACGGAGCGGGACGAGAAGACUUAAGCGGCGCGCUCGCCCCGAACUAACAGACAAAAACUAAACAAAACAAAAAAAGACACGACCUCCAACUGUGCUUGAAUGACACUAACUUGGCCACUUGGACGGAACCGCUUUUGACUUCGGCGGAAGCUGACAGGAGAACGAUUAGCGCCGGCGUGAGCGACGUUUACGAGGAGCCGCGCCCGGCCGGGAGACUUUUUCGUACUGGACGGGAGCGGACGCGCAAAGGUGGGGGGAAAAAAAAAGUCUGCUUUCUCUCUCUCUCUCUCUCUCUCUGUUUUAAAGUGGAAACGGUCGGCCGAGGGGUGUGACACCAAGGUGAGAAGGUCCAUUACUCCUUCCAUUUCAAAAAAGAAAAAAACAAAAAAAUUUUUUGACGAUAAUACUGUAUAUCGUCGCCGUCUGGCGGAAUCGUAGCGUCUCCUAAAAUGGCUACUUUUCAGGAAAUGACCAAACGCAUGGAAAUAAAUAUGUGCCACCGGGAUAUGAAUUGGAAAUGUGAAGCGAUCGCAUUUUCAAGAUUUGUAUUUCAGUGUAACUUUUCAUUGUUAACAAUUCAACGUCUAAAUUCAGCGUUAGGAAUAGGAAGGCAAGGUUACUUCAGGUCAGAAGCGAACAGCCGCCCAAUCGCAGUUGCGUUUUCUUAGUCACGUGCCGUCACAUGCAAAGAAAGCCUAACUGCGAUUGGCUGGCUGUUCGCUUCUGACCUGAAGUAACCCUGCCUGGUGGCACAGACGGUGAAUUUUAGAUGACGGUUGAAUUGUUAACAAUGAAAAGUCACAUUGAAAAACUUAACAUUACAUAUAUUACAUUGAAAAAAAAUGACACUGAAAUACAACAAUUGAAAAUGUGAUCACAUUCAAAUCCCGGCGGCAAAACGCCGCAUCGUUCAACAUCAUCGCCCCCGAAAUCAUCUUCAAUCUGGAAUUGAAUUCACUAAUCGAUGACGUAUCAGUCGGUGGUCACGGCAACCCUUGGAGCGAAAACUUUCGCAAUGCUCUUUGGACGCGGUAAAUUUCACGAGGUGCUGACUGAGCAGUACGGCGGGGGGGAGGGGGAUGAUUCUGCACGCAAGUCUACUACCUUCUUGGCUGACUCGCUUCCUCCUCCGCCGAAACAAAAGUGCCCGACGCAAAUGGAUCCAACCUCACUCGUGUGGCAAAAAAACUUUCGCGCGUGAGGCGACGGUCAUGCUGCGCGACUCCCGCAUCCUGAGCUGAAGGGAAGGCCGACUUUUAAGUGUCCAAGAGGGUUCCGAGUUUUGGCUUCGGGAUACCCGCAAAACGAUAGUUAGCGGGGGGGGGGAGAUAGCAUCUGUUUGCAAAAAAAAAAAAAAGUGAAAUUGACCAUAUUUGGAUAUGCAGGGUUUGCGCCAGACAGCGACGAUAAAAAAAAUAUAUAGACUACUCGCAAAACGUUUUCUGGAUAUUGUUUUUUUUUUUCAGGUGAAAUUUACGGAUGAACCCAAAAUGCGCUAGAACCUUCCACAGGUGACCUCAAUUUGACCUUUUGUACACAUUUUCCACUGUCCAAUUGGUCAAUGUCGUUUUGCAACGAGGAGCUGAUUGCCAACGUUCAUAACUGCUUUUUGAUCCAUAAAUCUAUUUUUGAGGACUUCCCCGCAUCUUUCUGUGACUCUUCCAGUCUUUCUGUAGCUCAGCGGCCACUUUGCACCGGUGGGGAUUCAAACUAAGGUCGCAGCAAGUGAAUUAUUUCCAGGAACACGUAUUCUACUAUCGCAUCAAUUCACCGGAUAAAAGCAUGUUUUGCAUUAUCAAACAAAAAUAAGGGUAUUGUUUUUGUCCACUUACGAACAUUCCCAUGGGAGUUUCUGUGACUUUGAGUGUGCACGGCUUUAAAAGGGGCGGGGCCCGGCCAGGUGAGCGGCGAGGGCGUUACGUAGCUCGCUGUCGAGUUGUGGUCAUCGGCAGCUUGUGUAAGAAUAUGGGGCGCGGGUUAUUAUUAUUAUUAUUAUGAUGAGGUUUUGAACAGGAUUUCUCACUGCGUCAAAGUCUGUCUAUGGCGGGGGGGAUACAGAAAUUGCAAGAGUCACGGAAAUUAAUUUAGCGCGCAAGUACAAAAAGGUACUGAAACGUUGAAAAGUUUUUCAUUUUAGUUCACGUUCAUCCAAAUUUCACCCCGAAGCUCGCUAUGCCUUACUUUUCCGGAGUAGGGUGCCCCCCACCCUCAGGACAGCAGCGCCACCUACUGUGAGCUUCUGCGUCGAAGGGGGGAAAGGUUUGCUCGCUCGUGUAAGAAUCACGUGUGGUUAUGAAAUGUAUUAUAUAUACACACACACACGCCGCUCCUUUUGUUCUCGAAAAGGACGUUUGUGCUUAGGAGGAGGAGAACUUGGCCGGCUUUCCCGCGGGCGCCGUACGUGCGCCCCCCCCCACCCCACCCCCCCAAAAAAAUGACGGUAAGAGAAAUGACUUCAAGAUGCUGUGAUCUGUCAUGUCAUGGUGUGGUGUGGUCACGUGUAUAAAAAGAAAAAUGCAAACAAAAACACAAUCAUGUCAUGUUCCGGGG